GGGCCUGGCUACACUGCGCGUGCGCUGUCCGCACGCGGUUCCGGGUCUUGGUGUCGGGUUCGCCGAUCUGCAGAAAGACGCGGGCUGUGAAGUUUAGGCGGCUGCUUCCGUCUCUCCGGUUCCCGGACCACCCGCCUUGUCACCUGGGUCAAGUGGGGAGUGGCAGCGCCGGAGUUCGAACUCGCGCUGAGCUCUGGGCGAGGCGUCGCAGAGCCGAGAUGAGCCAGUCUUUGGUUUGCCCCGAGACCGUGAGCAGGGUGAGUUCUGUGCUUCACCGCAACAGCCGGCAGUUUGGGAAGAAACAUCUUUUUGACCAGAAUGAGGAGACGUGCUGGAACUCUGACCAGGGCCCCUCCCAGUGGGUGACACUCGAGUUUCCCCAGCGUGUUCACGUCACACAGCUGCAGGUGCAGUUCCAGGGCGGCUUCUCCAGUCGCCACAGCUGCUUGGAAGGUUCACAAGGUAAGGACACCCUCAGCAAGAUUGUGGACCUCUACCCCGAGGACAGCAACGCUCUUCAAACCUUCUCCAUCCCCACUGUGGAGGUGGAUCGACUAAAGUUGACCUUUGAGGACACCACCGACUUUUUUGGCCGUGUGGUCAUCUACCACCUGCGGGUGCUGGGUGAGAAAGCAGUAUGAGAGCUAUCGGCGGCCACCUCCUCCAGGAAGCCCCCUGGGAGGCACCUGGAAGCCCUUCAAGAUCUCCACAGAUUUAUUGGUUCUUGUUGGGGCAGGCCCCUUCCCGCCACUGUCCAGGAGCUGCCUCAAGCCAGUUGUGGGCAGACUGGUUUGUUCCCUGAGUGCCUGGGUUCCCAACAGGCUGUCUUCACUCGGGGUCGGCAGGCCCGAGGGUACUCUGGAACAGUUUGAGGAUGUGGCUCUCCAUCACCUGUUGCACUGUGGGAGGAGGUAUGAGUGGGACAGGGGACUGGGGAGACUGCUCAGGAGACCCCAGAGGUGCUCAGCUCAGGCUGGAACCCUUCACAAGUGGGCUCUGCUCCAGCUGGGCAGGGCUCCCUGGAGAAUCGGCUGUUUUCAGACAAGGCCUCUCGGCUUCUCUCGGCUUCCUGCUCCACACCCACUCUUGCUCUUGCUCCGCACUCAGUCAAAGCAAUACCAGACCCUCAGCCAGCGUGGCCACACGCCUGCAGCUCUCCCGCCUCCAGAACCAUGAGUCUAAAUAAAACCUUCUAUCUUGUAA